UAUCAGACGAACGCGACCGUGGCACUGCAUCAGUUUGUCGCGCGGCAUUCGUCCACAGUGAUCAACGCACAGGAAGCUACACAGAGCGAAUUAUCCGUCUACCCACCCGUGGCGAACGAUUCAACGUGUGCAUCAAUCAUGAGGCUGAACGCGAUCGUGCCGAACUUCCAAGCGGAGACCACUCAGGGCCCGAUUGAUUUCUACGACUGGCAAGGGGAUUCAUGGGUGGUACUAUUCUCCCAUCCCGCCGAUUUCACCCCCGUGUGCACCACCGAAUUGGGACGACUGGCGGUUCACCAGCCGCAUUUCCAGCGCCGAAACACCAAGCUGCUGGCCCACUCUGUCGAUACACUCCAGGAUCACGUCAACUGGGUUAACGAUAUUAAAUCUUACUGCCAAGACAUCUGCGGCGCCUUCCCCUAUCCAAUCAUCGCGGACCACGAUCGCAGCCUGGCGGUGAAGCUGGACAUGAUCGACGAGACGAGCAAAGACGAUCCGGAAAAGGCAAUAACCGUUCGUGCUCUCUACAUCAUCAGCCCCGAUCAUCGUCUACGUUUGUCGAUGCACUAUCCGACGUCCACCGGUCGCAACGUCGACGAGAUACUGCGUACCAUCGACUCGUUGCAGCUGGUUGACAGAUUACCGCAGAUUGCUACUCCGGCUAACUGGGUGCCAGGCGAGAAAGUGAUGAUCCUGCCGACCGUUAAAGACGAGGAGCUACCGAAACUAUUCCCCGGUGGAGUAGACAAAGUCUCGAUGCCUUCCGGAAAGGUCUACGUCCGUACCACCACUAACUAUUAAGCGAAUAUUUUCACUACUAAUUAUAACGGUAUUAUAUUCUUUCUAAUCUGGUCAUACAGUCUCUGAUAUUGUUAUACCGAAGAUAUUUCGUGUACUGUGUUUUAUAAAUCUUGAAAAUAAAACUAUACGUUGGAAGA